AGGCAAUAACCGUGUUUACAGGAGGAGAGAUGCAGCCAAAUCAUCCAAUAUAGCAGUGCAGGGAUGACGUCAUUUUGUACCGGAACCCGGAAGUUAGCAUCACACUGGUUCCCUCGAUAAAAACCCAAUAGGAUUUUCCUAUAGGCUUUUGGAUUAUUGCAAAAAAUAAGCACUGUGAUCAACAAAAGUUUACAAUACUAGCACGUUUUGUCCAUCAAGAUAAUUUUCACAAAUGAACACAACUUUUAUGAAGUUUGAAGCCUAAACAUAAUCGCCAGAAAUAAAAAGCUAACCAAAUGCUAUAAACAAACUACACCAUGGUCGCUCGACUUCAACGUCACCAUCACCAAGCUUCCGACAACUUUUCCAAACUUAAAAACAUUUUCCAUAAUACGUAUUUACUCUGUGGAUGAAUUUUCAUCCACGUUUUUUGGGGAAUUGUGCACAGCAUACCUGAACCAGUUUAUCUGCAAAGACUUUUCCUGUUCGGCAUGAUGACAUUUAAUGUCCCCGACAACGUCUGUAGUCCCAUUUAGCAAGUUGUUAGCGUCAUGAUUUCCCCUCGCGCAAGUGCUAGAGUACGAAGCGCGAUGCUAACUCGUUUCCGGGUUUUGGCAUACAAAAAUGAUGUCAUUCCUGCACCACUCUCUAGUGAUUGGCUGUAAGUUUAGAAAGCGCUUGAUUUGAUAUGCAGCACAGUUUUCUAUGAACGUAGGACGAACUUUAAAUGUCAGUAUCGCAGUCGAUGAUGUUCAUGUAAUCAUGGCCAGUCAAAAUCGUAAUCGACAUCGAUAUUCGAUUAAUUGUGCAGCCCUACUUUGUAAUGGGCUAGCACCCCAUUUAAUGUUUAUUCUUGCACUGUGCCCAGUGUUUUCAGAGAAAACUCUGGAUCCACUCAGAUAGUUAUCUUCACUUUUGUUUUGUUUUUUUUCUAAAGUGAGAUGUCUAAAUUUACAGUAGAAAAGGUCCCUGAUAAUUUUUUUUUGUUUGCUAUUAUAAAAGCGGUCAGAUCCGAGGCGCAGGUGCUCCUACUGAUCAGUCAUGCAUUGUUCAAUCAGACCCAUACUAUCAAACAAUUCAUAACAUUCAUAAGAUUUGUUUACUGCUGCAAGACAAGAAAUUUUAGAUAUCCGCCUGUGUAAGACACCUAGGCAUGUUCUAAAUGAUUUUAUGGAAAUUUAUGGAAAUAGGUGGUUUGCAUCAGAAAAAAUUAAAGACAAUUAUUCUGAAUUAUUAUCCACUGUAAUUAUGUAUACUAGUGAUGAAUGUUCCGGAUGCCUUGGAUUCUUUGCCACUUUCCUGUUAAUCCACCCAGAGCAAGUCUUUCCAAAUUCCACUACUAUACGCCCUAUUGGCGUGGUGGUGAAAGAUCAGGUAGUAAAAUGGGAUCACCUUAUUGGAUACAUGACCUUAAUGGGUUCUGAGACCUUGUUUACCAGUCACACCUGUUGUCAUGAAACGCAUAACUAUGUUGUGUGUACCUGUAACACAUUACAACCCUUUUCUCCCAAUGACACAAAUAUUCAGUCAUUGCAUGGCCAUUCUGAUGCAAUCCAGGUGUCAAAUACCCAGUGGUGUGUCGUAAGUGAAAUUAAUUCCUUCACCUAUGGAGGACUGAUCUGUCCUGCCAAUCACUCCUUUUGCUUGGAGGUAACAGAGGAUUUUUCUGUGGGUCAGAGCAGCAUUCUAGGAAGGAUACCAUUGGCCACUGAAAUUUCCCCUUGGUGGGAUGACACAUUUUACGAGCACAGUGCACAAACUGUAGUGGACACAAUGGACUUGGCACAAAGAAUGGUUUUGCAGAUGGAAUAUCACCUGUCCCAGGCACAGAUAGAGACAAAUCUGGCAAAAAGGACUACACAAAUCCUCUCCAGUUCAUCUAUAUGCUCAGCUUUAUAUGUCUAUACAUGGUGGGACUGGAUAUUUCGGGGAUGUGCAAUUGGCAGUGCCCUCAACUUUGCCUUCACACUGUUCCAGAGCUGCUGCCUCAGAUGCCUCAUCAGAUCCUUACGGACAUCAGCCGAUACAGCACUGGCUCUCAGCCCACUACGACUAAAAAAGACUGAAUUGAUGAUCAUCAACAGAAAUUAAACACCACGUACACCGAAUAUAAUGACCCCGCAAGGACUCUUGUGAACAGCCACAGGUCCAAGGGGGGGGAAACUGUAAGGCUGGUGACAAGCUGUCUGAACCUUGAGAGAACUGCUCUCUGAGGAAAAAGGACUCUCACAGGAAUUAACACUCGAUCUCUUUCCCACAGAAUUAGCAUCCUCACCUGAGAUAGCACAUCAUGCUGAAGUGGAGACUGGAAGAUCCUCACUUCCUCUCUCCCCACACCCUUCUCUUUCUCUGUAUUGAUAUCACAUUAAAAAUUAGCAUCUCCAUCAGAAAUAGCACAUUAUACUGAAUGAAGACUAGGAGAUCGUCACUACAAUGUUUCCUUCUUCCUCUCCUCACACCCUACACUAUCUGUGUCAAGAUCACCUUAAACACACCCAAGGUCUAUAUGCAUUAUGUUUUCUAUAUGCACAUGUUUUAAUGCAAAUAAGAUGUAGACUAUACAGGUUUGCUGUAUUAUACAAAAAGUCUCAGGGCAUCUGGAAAAUAUGGUCUCAUUCCCUCAACAGCAGUUCAAAUUAAAAUAUUGCAUGCCGUUAAAGGCAUAUUUACCCAAGGUCCCUCACUCAAAUUACCUCCUGUAUGUAAAUAAGGUACAUCCGUCCACAAACAUCAAAUGGUCAUCACAAACACCAUUUGGUAGACCACAGAGCAUCUGGGUAUUUAGGGGAGAGCUGGCCAAAGAUUCAGGGAAUCUGUAGACAGAUCUCCCACACGAUCACGGUGUGUAGUUUUUCUCUAAAAGGUAUGCAAGUUUUGACCUUGUUAUGUUGUAUUAUAUUUUGAAUUUGAUUGCAAUGUAAUGUUGAAUGUAAAUUCUUUCUUUUUAUUAUUAGUAGUCUUGGAUUUGGAUGUGUUCAUACCUGCUUAAAUAUAUUAUUAGACUUGAUAAUAUUCUGACUUAUUCUGAAAUUAUUGUCUCUAGUAGAUUACUUUAAGUCCUUGUUACCGCAAAUCUGCGACCAGGUUAGUACAGGCUAAAAUCCAGGUUUAGGUGGAGCAUCGGGGCACGCCAACUGAGAUUUUAGAGUCCAGGCUAAUAACUUGGCGUUAAGUGUACAGGCUCGAUAGGGAAUUUCCUUUUAGGACAAUGUAAAGUUGUCAUGUCUAAAUAGGGUGAAGUCUAAACAUUUGGUUAUUGUAAUAUUCUUCUAGUUAAUGUGUACAUAGGAAAUUAUGGCAUGAUUAUAUAAAGCUAAUUUUACUCGGAUAUUACUGGUUUAUCUCUGUAGAUUGUCAUGACCUCUGGCUAGGAAUAAAGUUACUAUAAUUAAGUGUUACUAUCUAAAGGGACUAAAUAAAAAGUACUUUUUAGAAAAGGGCAAGCAUGGGCAGCCAUCUAAAUAGUAUUAGUCAAUUACUCCCGCCUAAUGACCAACACUGGGGAGUUUGUGACCAUGAGAUCUGCGUACAUGGCCGGUGCAAGAGCGACAUGGAAUCCGAAUGAACAAGCACAAUUUAAAGUAUAGAAUAAACUAGAAUUAAUCAAAUGUAAAAAAUCAAAAGUAUCAAAAUACAAAUAACUAGAAAACAAAUACAACAUUGAGGUUUUUACAGUUGGAGUCAGAUUUAAUUUAAGAGACAGUCAAACAGAAUUGGAAUGACAAAUUUAAUAAUCUAAAUGUAUUCAUAUCGCUUCAAAAAGACAGAAACACGUGGGAAUCCUUCUACCAUGUCAUUGGAUACCGUUGUUGGACCAGUGAGUGGACCCCUACAACCUCUUGAUCUGUUUAAAAAUAUUUUAAAGUCUGUUUUUACAGAACAAUGUCAAUGUUUUAAGUAGCUGUGUAUGAUUUGCGUUGUUUAUUAGAUUUUGGUGUUUUGUGUUUGUUUAUUGUGUGUUUUUAUGUACUUUUGUAAUUUUUGUUUGCUAGCCAUCUUGAGCAGGUCUCGCUGGUAGAAGAGAUACAGUAUCUCAAAGACACCUUCCUGGCUAAAUAAAAAUAAUAAAUAAAUAAAAAUGAACACUAGCAUUUUUUAAUAAUCAGAGGUAUAAGCCGUUUCCCAGUCGAUGGCACAUGAUAUCAAUCGCACGUAAUACGACGCCGCUAACUCUAGCAGAAUACCCAGAGUCAACUAAAAUAAAUUUCUUCAGUUUCUUCACCUUUUGUGCCCAACAUGACAAUUAGGCAAAGGCAUAAUCGUCAAGUGACAGUGGGAAAAAAGUUUGCAACCAACUAAGGCAUGGGAGCAUUUUAUAUUAAACACCGCAAAAAAGACUGCAACCUGCAAACGUGGCAAAGCGGAGCUUGUUUAUCAUGGAAGCACGACAGUGAUGCAUGAGCGCAAACUUAGGUACAUAUUCAAACAAAGGACUGCAGUUUUUUUUUAAAUCAGUGCUUCUUUGUGCAUAUAUACACAUAUAUAUUCCUAUAUACAGACAUUAUACACACACACACAUAAAAAAAAAAUAUAUAUAUAUCUCAAUCAAUCACACACACACACACACACACACACACACACACACACACACACACAGUGGGGGAAAUAAGUAUUGGACAUGUCAACAUUUUUUUUAGUAAAUACAUUUCCAAUGAGGCUAUUCACAUGAAAUUUUCACAAGACUUUGGUAUUAACUCAAGAAAUCCACACAUAUAAAGAAAUCCAAACAUUAAAGUCCAUAAAUGAAGUUAUGUGUAAUGAAGCAGAAUGACACAGGAAAAAUGUAUUAAACACACUAACUGAAAUUUAUUUAAUACUUAGAUUAGAAGCCUUUGUUUGUAAUGACAGCUUCAAGACACUUCCUGCAUGAAGAGAUUAAUCGGCCACAGUAUUCAGGUGUGAUUGUGGCCCAUUCGUCUAAAUAUAUUGUCUUUAAAUCUUGUUCAAUUGGAUUCAAAUCAGUUGAUUGACCGGGCCAUUCUAACACCUUGAUUUUUUUCUCUGAAACCAAUUCAGUAUUUCCUUUGCUGUAUGCUUUGGAUCGUUGUCCUGCUGGAAGGUCCACCCACGUCUCAUCAUUCUGGUGGAUGGCAGCAGAUUCUUCUCAAGAAUCUGUCUUACCAAUACUAUAUGAUGAAAAAAAGCCCCACACCAUGAUGCUUCCACCUCCAAACUUCACUGUUGGUAUAGUCUUUUAAGGGUGAUAUGUA